UCAAAAAUAAACGUAGUUGCUAACAGUUAAUAACGGCAUGUUGACGCUUAAAAUUGUGUUGGCCUUGUUGCCGCUUUUGGCCUUGGCCAAUGCCAGAGUUAACCUUCCCCACAUGCAACAAUUGCUGGCGGGUCACUACGAUAAAGUGGAUGAAAAGUCAGUUGACUUAUCAGCAGUGUCCAACUUAAUAGAGAAGAUGCUGAUCAAGUUGAAGGGAGCAGACAUUGAAGAGAGUUCUUCUCGCAUUAUCGAUGGCUUCGAUGUUCAGGGUGUGGAUAAUGCAGCUUAUCUCGUCUCGAUAAGUCUUUCUCCAUUGGUCUACAGUCAUCAAUGUGGAGCUGUCAUCAUUGGCAAACGUUGGGUUCUCUCAACGGCACAUUGUGUGAAAGAGUUGAUGGAUUUCAAUGGCGAUAUCAUUGGUACCGCCCUCUAUGCGGGUCUCUCCAAUCGUUCCAAUGUGAAGGACGCUCAAGUGCGUUAUGUGGACUUUGCCUCGAUUCAUCGUUCGUUCAAUGGAAAAGCUGGCAGUGAUAAUAUUGCCCUGUUGCAUGUGUCUGAGUCAUUUGUGUACUCGGCACGUGUGCAACAAAUUGCAUUGCCCGAUCUCGAUGAGGAUUACAGUGGCAAGACAGCAAUUGCCUAUGGCUGGGGACUAACCGAUGUCGAUGGCGAUGAAUACUCCAAGGAUCUGCAAUAUGCCUUUGCCCCAUUGUUGAACAACACACGUUGUGCCGAGCUGCUGCCCACGGAUGCUCCACUCACCAGGAAUCAGGUGUGUGCCCAGGUGAAGGCUUGCUAUGGCGAUGGUGGAACUCCCCUCGUUUAUUGGCCCAUUUCUGGACCUGCGGAACUGGUUGCCCUCGGUUCCUGGAGCUAUAUGCCCUGUGGCUAUGCCAAUCGUCCCACUGUCUACACUUCCGUUCCUUCAUAUGUGGACUGGAUCUAUCAAGUGAUCAGCGCGUAUUAUCAACUUAACUGAGUAUUUAAUAAAGAUUAUCAAUUCUAAUUCUGCCUUAUCUUCAAUCUUAAAUUCUAAACUAGUGAUCUUUGCGUAAUGUACACUUGUCGUCAAUUAAAAGCAAACAAUACGUAUCUAAUCUUUCAA